AUGCGUCUAACACGGGCGACUCAUGACUACACAAAUAAGGGUCGUUAUUAUCUCCCUAUUUUUAAGGGUGAUAUUAUCCUUAUUCUCGAUGAACACCCUAGUGGUUGGUGGACAGGAGAGAAUGUAAUGGGAGUUAAAGGUGUUGUCCCAUCUACGUACUUGCAAGAAUAUGCCAUUAACUCACCACCUGAAGAGUUAUUUCGUGAAUUUUCCCUCAUGAAAAUAGCACGGAAUUUUUCAGUUGAUCUCACAUGUCAUGCACCGACUCCCUUGGGAGUUGAUGAGACAUUUUCACCAAGUGAGGUACAUUAUGAUGUGCAAAAUAUCGAAAAUCUUGAGAAUAGUAUCGAAAAUUUUAUUCUCCAUCGUGAAACAGCCCGGGAAAGGCUGAAAAAGUGUUUAGAAGAUUUGGUGAGAGAGUCUAAUGAUUGUUCACUUAAAGAUGAUACUUUACAUGACAAUGAUGUGAUCAUGUUAAAGGUGAAUGUUUCCAGAGGUCAGAUCAACGUUCUAGAUGCACAUAGAGAGCAAAGGCAAGAAAACUUGCGUUCCCUAAAGGAUAAAAUAAAAGAGAUGAAAUGCCAUAUUUCUACCAAACUACUUCAGCUAAUUGAUGAAGUUCUUAUAAAAGGGAAAUCCUCUAAUAUUAAAGUUAUACUUUUAUUGGAUAUUUUACAUGAACAAUUGCGGAAAUAUCAUGAAAAAGUUCAAAUAGCUGAAAGGGAUCUCUCUAUUUUGAGUGAAAAUUUCCAGAAGGCUGAUUGUUCUUGUCGUGAAUGGAAAAAAACCCUUUCAGAUAGGAUCACCCUUCGUGAUGCGAAGAUACGUUCCUUUCUGAAGUUCUGGUCGGAACAAGCGGAGGCAUCAAAAAUGGCUUACAUACAGGACAAGGCACGUAGUCACCACCAGGAGUCUCUGAGGCGAGAAGAAGAACAACAAUUAAAGAAUUUGAUAGAAGAACGUCGUGAAAAAUAUAUUAGAGCCGAAGAUGAGUUACAGUACUGGCGUGAUAAGGCUAAUGUUAUUACAGAUACGCUGAAGCAGAAGUCGAUAUUGGAGCAGCUAACUGAGGCUAUCCAAGAGAUAUCAAGGGAAGAAGAAAAAUUGAGGAGAAAAAUACCAUCUUCAAUUGGUGGAAGGUAA